AAGUACAUGAUGGUAAAAACAUAGGGAACAUACAUGUGACAAUGGGUAGUGAUAAUAUCAUUGUGGAAAGAGACAACUCGAAUACUAGUGUUGGCUAUUAUUAUUUGCUGCAUUGCCCCCUGAUGAUAAUCCUAUAAACUGCACCUUGAAAAUCAUACAUGUACAUCAAGCUAUGAAAAAAGGUGCACCCUGUAUUUAGAUGAGGUUAUCUGAGAUUUUAUGUUAUGAAACUUGGGUAUACUACCAUACAGAUCAACUAAUUGCUCUACUGACUGAAACAAUUCGGACGGACGACAUGUACAGUAUGAGUACUUUCAGUGUAUCCCCUACUACAAAUCACAAAUCUAUAUGAUUCCGUUACAAUGUACAAUCUACACUGUAUUCUACGAACUGUAACUAAUGUAGGUCGGUCUGGUAACUAACAACAGCCAUGUUUCAAACUCUAGAACCUUCUGUAGCAAGUACAGUGUUAUAACCUCUGGCACAUGCACGCACUCACUAUAAACAAAAUCCCACAUACAUUGAGUACAAAAUGUAAUUUCUGUGAAAAAUAUCAUAUUGCAAAAUUAAGACGUUUUCACGUUUCCCUUUGAUGAUGAAUAUGUCUCCAUGCCGGGGGAUCUAAUAAUAGCCUCCCUAUAAGGCCAAUGGCACGCAGCGGACCGGCGUAACGUUCCAAGCCCUGCUCCGGCUAUAUUUAGCCGCCCCUUCCUCCUGUAUCCCCGACACUGAGUAUGCGUAACCCCCACGGACUGUGUUUUCAGAUCUAUCCCUGACGAUUAGAAAAACCUGUCGUCUGAAGUCUUGAAGGUAUUGAACUUGUCACAUUACGUCAAACUGAGCGUCUUCAAUUUUAGUGGCAAUGUUGGGGCUGGAGAAUUAGUACUAGACGUGCUUCAAAUGUGGGCAGAGUGAAAAGCUAUUUUCGGGUAACGCCUGGCUCGGGACUCAGUAUCCACAAGGCUAUAGAGCGGUCAGACGGAAAGAAUUUGCGGGUAGCGAGUUGCAGUCACGUCAAGUCUCUCCGCUGUGAUUUUCCACCGAUAUUUUCUUCACGCGUAUUCUACAGCAAGAUGGACAACUUAGAGAGGCAGCUGACGUGCCCCAUCUGUUUGGAGAUGUUCAACAAACCGGUGCUGAUACUACCAUGCCAGCACAAUCUCUGUCGCAAGUGCGCCAACGACGUGUUUCAGUCGCGGGGUACACCGAGCGUGGUCGGGAGCGGCGGCCGGUUCCGCUGCCCAACCUGCCGUCACGAGGUCGUGCUCGACCGCCAUGGCGUCUACGGGCUCCAGCGAAACCUCCUGGUCGAGAACAUCAUCGACAUCUACAAACAGGAGAUGGAAGGGACAGGGAUCAAGAUCACUAAGAAGAAGGAAGAGCUGAUGUGCGAGGUUCAUGAAGAAGAGAGGAUAAACGUGUACUGUAUGGCCUGCCAGUCUCCCAUAUGUUCUAUGUGUAAAGUGUUUGGAGAACAUCAGGAUCACGAAGUGGCGACCAUCCCAGAAGUGCACAGUCGACAGAAGAUUGAGCUGAGUGACUGCAUAGCCAAACAAGUGGCCGCGAACGACAAGCUGCAGAGCGUCAUCAGUCUACUGGAGGAGGGAUGCAGGAUACAUGAGAUGAAUGCACGCGAGGUGAAGGCCGCCAUUUGUGACAAGUUCGACAGACUGUACAGUAUCAUAGAGGAUCGCAAGGGGGUGCUGCUAUCACUGGUAACGGAAGAACAGCUCGAGAAACAGAAAGUGCUGCAGGAUCUCAUCGUAACGUACAGCGCAGAGUUGGAGAACUCGUCAAAGAUGGUGGAAAGUACUCUCCAGUUUUUGGAGGAACCGAAUAAGGCUGCUUUCCUGGCGAAAACCAAAGAACUGAUAGUGAGAAUAAAUCAGGCAAUUGAGAGCAGCAACAAUGCUAACAUCCCAGAGCAGGGAGGCUUCAACCAUCUUGAAGUGAAUUUCUCCAAGGAAGAAGACGUUCUUCAGAAGCUAGACUUUAUAAAAGAGCACAGCAGUGUUGCAGAUGCUGAGACCCAAACCAGAGGCAGCAUCAGCGAGAGAGCAGGGUCCGGCAGUGACGACUCCAACUUCGUAGACAGUCGGGAAGCCGACGCCACGUCGGAAGUCUACGAGACCACGACCGUGACAGAAUCGGAAGGGAUGGGGAUCCUGUCGGACGACCCUCCGUCCGAAGAUGCCCGAGGUGGUGAGGGAGCUGCAGGAGGUCCUCCUGCUGAUGACGAUGACGUCUUCAUCACUCCGAGGACGCAGAGCCCAAGCUCCGCCCCUUCGACGUCUAGCCAAUCAGUACCCCACUACUUCCUAAAUAACAAGGAAGAUAUGAACCCCCUGCAAGACCGACCGCCUAUGAGUAAAGCCAGUAUGGAAUACUACGCAUCAGUGUUGAACAACAACUCGGACGAACGGCCAACAGAAGAGGCUGCUACCGCGCAAGCGUCAAACGAAGUCACGACGAAGGUAGCCGAAGAGACAGCGAAGGUUGCCGAAGAGACAACGGCGAGGGUGGCCGAAGUGACGGCGAAUGUUACCGAAGAGGCGGCGAGUGUGGUCGAAUCUAAAACGGAAGCUACGACUGAGAACGAUAAAGAGGACGAAUCUGAAGUAGAAACAGCUAUCGGCGACUUUCGUAGAAGAAGAAAGUUUAGAACAGCACAAGCUAUCGAAACUGCAGUAGGCGAGAAUACACCCAGAUUGAUAACUGUCACUCCCGAAGAGAGUAUGGCCAUCAGAGAGUUUUUAUCGAGCGUGUCGUCGCUUACGCCGCCCCCGACCCCCACCAGUCCGCUACGUCCCGCACAGGACGAUACCACGGAACCGGGAAAGCCGGGGGAGUCCACGCAACCGAAGCAAACAGCACAAACGGCUCAGGAAACUAUGGGGAUCUUACAGGACGAAGAGGACGACAUCGUCGUUCUUGGACCAACAGAACGCAAAUUCGAAAGCAAGAACGGAAACGAAAGCAUCACGGGAUACCUACGUAAGGCUACAACAGCAGGAAGUGACGUCAACAACAUGGACGCCACAUCCGCUUCGGUCCUUCAGAUAAAUCACAAGCCGAUCCGUGGGAUUUUGAGACGGUCCAGCAGUGAGGGGAGUGCGGGUAGCAGUCACGGAAGGCGCGUACGAUUCUCAAUUGAGGAAGACUACAAGGAAAACGAGAGAGACUCAGACAUGGAGACUGAACUGGGAGAUGUAGAAGUGGACGACGCGGAGGCUAUGGGCUUCUCUUUUCUGGGCCACGAUUGAAAGAAAGAACAUGGACAAACUGAAUAAAGUGCAUAAAGCAAUCAAGUCAGAUACGAAAUUGACAAUGCGGCUCAGGUGACUUAAAAGGAACGUAUGUUAAUGUUAAAUCUUAAGAAAACACACAGCCUGGAACUCCUGCUCAAUGUUUUAUUUUCACCCCUUUUUCUACCUCUAACAUAACCAAUUUUACCCAUUUCACGCUAGCUUGCCUCAAGACCACUCUACAGAACUCUACAUAAGCGGUGAAUUAUCCUUUUUUUCCCGUUAAGACCCGGUUCCACGGGUCCUACGAUAGUUUUGCGACAUCCUUGAAACAGUGACAGUGUGUCAUACAAAAUUCAUCAGCCCAUAGAAGAAUGUUUCUGUAGAGCUUUUCGACGGUGAGAUAUCCUAGGGCAUAACAGUUUUUUUAAGACGAAUGUUACCACGUCAAUUGUCUGAUGCACUUUAUCGUAUUCCUGAAAACCACGCUGGCUAGUUCUAACUUGAUAAUGUUAUCGAGAAAAAAUAGUAUCACACUGUUAACGAUAUGAGUAUACUAAAUAAGUUCAAUGAAACAUUUAUAAUGAAAAACGUUGGUGCCAUUAUAUAUCAUGUGAAUAAAUGACUUUUCUUCUGA